GGGGCGCGGAGUGCGCGUGCGCGCGGGCGGCCUUAUAGGCGCGGCGUCAGCUGACGCUCCGCAUUGCAGAGUCCGAGCGGCGCGGCGCCAUGUACGGCCUCCUCCUGCUGGCCAGCGUCCUGGGCGCGGCUCUAGGCAACCCUGUCCUGGGCCUGAGGGAAUGCACCCGAGGCUCCGAGGUGUGGUGUCAGAACAUAAAGACGGCAGCUGAGUGCGGGGCCGUGCAGCACUGCCUGCAGACCGUCUGGAACAAGCCCACGGUGAAAACAAUUACCUGCACCUUGUGCAAAGAUGUCAUCAAGGACGCGGACGACCUGCUGAAGGACAAUAGCACUGAGCCGGAGCUCCUGACGUACUUGGAGAAAGUCUGUGACUGGUCGCGCUCAGAGAGCCUGUCUUCCCGCUGCAAGGAGAUGGUCGACACCUACUUCCCGGUCAUCCUGGACCUGAUUAAAGGACAGAUGAGCAGCCCCGGGGAGGUGUGCUCUGCCCUCAACCUCUGCAAGUCUCUGCAGAGGCACCUGGCAGAGCUCAACCGCCAGAAGCAGCUGGAGUCCAACAAGAUCCCGGAGCCAGAGCUGGACGUGGCCGGGAUGGUGGCGCCCUUCAUGGCCAACAUCCCCCUCCUCCUGUACCCCCAGGACGGCCCCCACAGCAAGCCCCAGCCAAAGGCUGAGGGCAGCGUGUGCCAGGACUGCGUCCAGAUGGUGACCGACAUCCAGAAUUCUGUCAGGACCAACUCGACCUUCGUGGAAGCCUUGGUGGACCACGCCAAGGAACAGUGUGACCGCCUGGGUCCUGGUAUGGCCGACAUGUGCAAGAACUACAUCAGCCAGUACUCGGAGAUCGCCGUGCAGAUGAUGAUGCACAUGCAACCCAAGGAGAUCUGUGCGUUGGUUGGGUUCUGUGACGAGGUGAAACAGGUGCCCAUGCAGGCUCUGUUCCCCGCCAAAGUCAUCGCAGAGGACGUCAUCCCUGCCCUGGAGCUGGUGGAGCCCAUUAAGAAGGACGUCGUCCAGGCAAAGUCUGAUGUUGUCUGCGAAGCGUGUGAGUAUGUGGUGAAGGAGCUGACCAGCUGGAUCGACAGCAACAAGACUGAGGAAGAAAUCAUUGAGAAUCUGGACAAAGUGUGUCAGAAGCUGCCGACGUCCCUGGCCAGUCAGUGCCAGGAGGUGGUGGACUCGUACGGCAGGUCCAUCCUGACGCUGCUCCUGCAGGAGAUGACGCCCGAGCUGGUGUGCUCCGCGCUCGGCCUCUGCUCCCCCCGGGGCCUGCCCGCACUCUCUGUGCAUGUGACGCAGCCGAAGGCGGCCACGGACGGCGGCUUCUGCGAGGUGUGCAAGAAGCUGGUCGGCUACUUGGACCGGAACCUGGAGAAGAACAGCACCAAGCAGCAGAUCCUGGACGCCAUGGAGAAGGGCUGCCACAUGCUGCCGGACCCCUACAAGGACGAGUGUGACUCGUUCGUGACUCAGUACGAGCCUGUGCUGAUCGAGGUCCUACUGGAGGUGAUGGAGCCUUCCUACGUGUGCCAGAAAGUCGGCGCCUGCCCUGCGGCACGCAAGCCCCUCGUGGGCACGGAGAAGUGCGUGUGGGGCCCCAGCUUCUGGUGCCAGAACAUGGAGUCUGCAGCUCUGUGCAACGCUGUUGAACACUGCAAGCGCCAUGUGUGGAACUAGGAUGGUUCCAUCCUGAGAAGCUGCCACGCCUUUUCCUACUUGUGUGUCUAAGGAACAGACACACAGACCUGUUGACUUUGUUAUAAGAAUUAGGACCGUCUCUCGCUCCGUCCUCACCCCCCUCUGUGGCAUCGCUGUCGGCAGGGCACCCGGCCUGGCGAUGACUCGGCUGCUUCAGUCCUUCCCUCUGCCAGACCUGCCGCCUCAUGCCCGGGACGGUACCCGGCCUGCCCUUGCACGGCGAGGAGCAGAGGGGCCAGAGCUGCAUGACGGGCACCUCCCGAGGGGCUCGGGCCCCAGAAUUCUCUACCCACCCCAGGAGGGCCUGCCCUUUGCCCUUCCCCCAGACGAGCCACACACAGGCAGUGCGAUGGGGGCGACAGGAAGUCAGACAGCGUGUUCGAACGGUGCAGUUCCCAUUGAGGGGUGCCCCGCAGGGUCCGCCCGCCUGUGCUCCCAGUGCUGCCUUGUUUGGGGCUCUGGGGAUGGGGGCGGAGAGCUGCGUGGGACCUGCUCCUCUGGAGGCCCCGCGGCCCUGUCUGUGUGAUCGUGGACAGCAGUGAUGCCACCUGCCUGCUCUGGCGUCUGCUGAGACUGCCCACGCCUCUGCACUGCUCUCCUGGGCGUGCGGACCCCUGGCCCCUGACCCCUCCCCAGCCCCCUUUCCUCGACACUCUGUUUCACCUUGCCCUUCAGCAGCCGCGAGUGGGUGGGUGGGUGGGGGGCGCUGCCUGCUGCUUGGCCCCCUCCUGCACCCUCCCUGCUUCCCCGGAGCUGGCGAGACGCGCAGUUUGCUAGUUAACGGACUAAACAGUUUGUUUCCGCUAUAAAGUCUCUGUGAUCUAACAAUAAAGUCCUGUCGACCAGG